ACUCAAGCACUCCACAAAGAAGUAUGUACGGGAUGUCAAAUGUCAAUCGAAGAUAAAUUUCUUUUAAAAGUCAUGGACAAUUCUUGGCAUGAAACCUGUUUAAAUUGUGCAAUGUGUCAACUGCCUUUAAGUGGUUCGUGUUUUGUCAGAGACAGAAAAUUAUAUUGCAGAGCAGAUUAUGAUAAAUUAUUUGGUACAAAAUGUAACGGAUGUUUACAGUCUAUCCCGGCAAAUGAAUUGGUUAUGAGAGCCGCUGGUUAUGUUUAUCAUUUACGAUGCUUUAUGUGUAUGGCUUGUGGUCAUCAACUUCAGAAAGGAGAUGAAUUUGUGGUGAAAGAAGGCCAAUUGUUCUGUAGAUUAGAUUUUGAAAAAGAAUUCAGCAUUAUGCCAAUGAGCCCGAAAAGUGAUUGUAGUGAUUUUUGUUUUGAUGAUCGAGACAGCCGUGAUUCUAAAGGACCAAAAAGACCUCGCACUAUUUUAAAUACAAGUCAAAGACGAAAAUUUAAAGCAGCAUUUGAACUAAAUCCUAAACCGUGCCGAAAGGUUCGAGAAGCACUUGCAGCUGAAACGGGUCUCAGUGUCAGAGUUGUCCAAGUUUGGUUCCAGAAUCAGCGAGCAAAGGUGAAGAAAAUAGCUCGUAAACAAAAUGUAGAAACUAAUAAUAAUAAUGGUGAG